AUGAAGUUCUCUUAUCAGGUGCUUAGCACACCGACUGCCGAUAGCCCCGGGUCGACCAUUAUCCUGAACUAUCCCAAUCGGAAAUAUUCGUUUGGUCAUCUGGCGGAAGGCUCGCAACGAGCGUUCAUUGAAAAUGGCUUCUCGUUUUCCUAUCUGAACGAUUUGUUUGUGACGGGAAAGACGAACUGGGCAAACUAUGGAGGUACUCUGGGCAUGAUCCUUACGCUCGCCGACUCGCGGACGACUGGUCUCGGUGGCUUGACGGAAGAUGAUAAUAAGAAAACCGAAAAAGUGGAAGCUGCUCUGUCAAGACUGACUAUACACGGUGGUAGAAACAUCAACCACAUGUUAGCAGCGGCGCGAAGGUUCAUUUUCAGAAAAUCCUUACCCAUCUCAGUCAAGGAGUAUGACUCGAAAAGUCUUGCGCGUGAUCAACAAGAAGCAGAUCCCUUUACGACACCCACGUUUGUAGAUGAGAAUAUCAAGGUCUGGCCGAUGGCAUUGAAGCCCAGUUAUGAAAUGCGGUUCGAAAGUCGAUCCGGAUUCAAGAGUCCUCGAAAGCGAAGCUUGAACGAGUUUGAAGAGCGUGAUAACGUUCAAUCUCCCAUUCCAGAUACUUUUGCCAAGGAUCAGAUGUUGCGUGAACACAUUGUAAAGGAUAUGUUUGACAGCGACUGGAAGCUCGACGCUUUGUAUGAAGAAAACUUGUACGAUGUCAAACAGCCUGCGGUUAUGUUUGUUCGCAAUCCCAAAACCAAGGACCUCGAGCGUUACCAAGGACCCCUUCCUGGAAGUUCCGAUUCAGUCCCCAACAUCAAGGUCCUUGUCAGAAGACCAUGGCCUGCUGCUACGCUGGAUAGACUGCCUCCUACCGCUCCAUCAUCUGAGUCGCUCUGCUAUUUUGUCCGCAAUCAUGACCUGAGAGGAACAUUCGAUCCCAAAAAGGCGAUCGAGCUUGGUAUCCCGAAAGGUCCUGCUUUCAGCCAACUCACAAAAGGAAUAAGUUACACCACUGAAAAUGGUACCGUCGUCACUCCAGAUAUGGUUAUGGGACCUACGCGUCGGGGCAGAACCGUUGCCUUUAUUGAUAUACCCUCAACGUUUUAUAUUGACGACCUUAUCUCGCGCCCAGAAUGGAAAUCACCAACUUUGACUGAAACCUUGGCGUCCGUAUUCUGGAUUCUAGGCCCUGGUGUUGCCGAAGAGCCUCGUCUGUUAGAUUUCAUCUCGAGCCUGAAAAACUGCGAACAUGUGGUUUCUUCUACUGACGUCUGCCCUAAUCGUUUGACGAUGGUGACCGCUGCAAAGUCAUCGCUUCGUCUUGCCAAGAUCAACAGCGAUAACUUUAUUAUUCCCUACCAUGACAACGUUACCGUUCCUCAGGCUGGCACACGUGUUCUUAGGCACAAAUCGGAACCUUCUGCCGCUCAAAAGCCGCUUUGGACGGUCUCCCGACCAGGUCUUUUGUUGGACAUGGAACCCAAGUUCGGAAUCAAUGAAAGUGAACUCAUCGAAUCCUUAGAGACUCGUGAUGUCGUUACGCGGCUACCAAAAGCAGUCCAGCAGCGUGUUAACGUUAUCCGAAAGUCACUCACCAAACACGAGGUUAUUUCUCAAUUCAUGAAGCUGCGAGACGGGCUCCCGCCAUUGGCACAAGAGGCUGAGGUCGUUACUCUAGGCACAGGAUCCUCCAGUCCUAGUAAACAUCGCAAUGUCUCUGCUACUCUCUUGAAUGUGCCUGGCAAAGGUUACUAUCUGCUUGACUGCGGAGAAAACACGCUCGGACAACUGAAGAGAACAUACCCACCCGAACAAUUUCGUGAAGUGAUGCAGAAUCUUCGUAUGAUUUGGAUCAGUCAUAUGCAUGCUGACCACCACCUUGGGUCUGUUGCCGUGAUCAGAGAAUGGUAUGAAGUCAAUUAUGGUGCAAGAUCCGGCUCCGAAAUGCCUUCGGAGAACAUUGCCGAUAUUUUGAAACAAAAGAGACUUGCCGUGGUCGGUGAAAGCAUGUACAUACAAUACUUGGAGGAGUACUCAGGUAUGGAGGACUUUGGAUAUGAGAAGACUUUGCCCCUAUCGGUUCUUCCACCUACCAGAGACCGACCUUAUACGUCUGUGGUCUAUCGAUAUACUCGACCCGAUGGAACUUCCAAAGACGACGCUCAAAAUUCGGCGUAUAUACGCUUUGACUCCACAGAGAACUAUCUCAGCGGGCUUCUACGGGCAGCCACCGGACUUACAGGCCUCAACGCCGUCUUUGUCAACCACUGUCGGCAUGCAAUGGGGUUAACCUUGGAAUGGGAAGAUGGAUUCAAAGUAUCCUAUUCGGGAGAUUGUCGGCCAUCAAAGAACUUCGCGGAAAUGGGCAAGGAUUCUACCCUUCUUAUUCAUGAAGCCACCUUCCAAGACGAUCUACAUGGACAAGCCGUUGCAAAGAAACACAGCACAAUAUCAGAGGCGAUCGCCGUUGGCAGCUGGAUGAAUGCUAAGACGGUGCUCCUGACCCAUUUCAGUCAGCGAUAUGCCAAAAUCAGCAAAUUGGAAGACAUUGGUCGUCGACCACAGGCACAGCAGGGAAAAGCCAGAGAAGCGUUCAAAAAGCGAAAGGUCGCCUUGGACAUCCCAGAUGAUGACUGUGCCGAUAACGGCGCGGAGGUCGAGGUCAGUCAGGCGUCGGGAGAGGAUUUUGACAAAGCAACAAUGCCCGUUUGCAUGGCAUUUGACUAUAUGAAAGUAAAAAUACGAGAUAUACCCAUUGCGCAAAUGUUCAUGCCGGCUUUCGAGAAGCUCAUUGAACGUCUCGACCGACUAGCUGAGGACGAAAGUGCAGUGGCAAAAGAAGAGUCGCGCAAAGCUCUGGAAAAGAAGAUGAAGGCAAAGCUUGGCAAGAAGAAAUUCCAAGCACUGCCUACUCGUAGUUUCUCUACGGAUGCAAGGAAGUCGGCUUGGAGUGCGAGUGAGUCGGAGAGUGGUUGGACGGACGAGAGUGAUGUCGAGGGAGAACAGCUGGAGAAGGAUAACAAAGCAUUGUGA